GAGUGCGGUCAGUAUGGUCCCGGACGCCGAUCUGUGAACCACGUGAACAUCAAGAUCCAUUCUCCAUUACGUGAUCCAGUGUCUUCGUCAGUGAACGUGAUUCGAAGUAGUACGAAAAUUAUUUAUACCGUUGGACGGUCUGUUUCCGUGUCUUUGAAAAUUCGUGUUAAACUUUGCCUUCGUAUAGUUUUUACCUGUUGCUCUAAUAGUGCCAAUUACCAUAGGAUGCCAAUGUUAAUUAUAUCUUAAUAAAUUGAUCUGGAUGGUAAACAGUUGUCAAUAGAUCUACCCAUCAAGAUUGCACUUUGAACUGACAGAUCCGACGAAAGAUAGAAGACAAAUAUUUUCAAUCGAACGGAGUAAAACAUCAAGAACACUUUGCUUCGCCAAGUCAAUACAUAGAUACUCAAGGAAAAGAAGAAGAAGAAAUACAUGUUCUGUUAUCAAAGUUAAUACUGCGCGAACGGAGCGUUAUUAUCUUACUCACCGUUCAGUCUUUAAUCGAUAGCAAGAAAAUAAUCAGGGAAUGAGAUCUUGUAUAACUGAUAGAGCUUUGGAAUUUCAUUUACCCUGAAUCUAUACCAGGAGACCUUCAACAUCCUUCCGGCUUCAAUGCUAGUCUUUCUGAAAUUCACGAAACAAGAUCAUCUUCUGAAAAGUGUAUAUUAAUCAAUUAAAUUAUAUUCUAUUAGAACCGAAGAAAAAAGUAACAUUCAACGAAAGAAAUUUAUAAAAAGAAAAAUUUACCUUUUGAAAGGUGCAUAUAGUCUUCACAGAAAUAUAUUAUUUCCAGUGGAACUAUAAAAAAAAAAAUUUCUAAAAAAAAAUCGGUGAAUAGAAAAUUAAAACAAUGAUACUGAAGUAUCGAAUACUAAGAACAUUUAAUUUUUUUGCAAUUUUUAAUACUUAAAGUGUACCAAGCACUCUUUUUUAUUCACGAAAAAGAAUAGACACUGGCAUAUAAUUUGGACUUUUAAAAGCUUUUGGGAACUAAAAAGCCAGGGAAUCUAGUUCUAUUAAACGUUUGAAAAGCGUUUUACGACAAUAUUUGCCGAACGUAUAAACAGAUUUCGAGGAAAGAUGUCUGGAAAUUCUAAAAUGCUUUCGCUGCUACUGUACGUUCUUCUGUGUGACCUGGCGAUUUGCAUGGUUCGUACGAACGAUAAAAUGCCAACGAUGUAUUCGAUUUCUUUGCAAAAUAGGACAUCUAUACCGGAGAAAUAUAAAAAUUUACCACUGGUUGGAAAAUGUUGCCCAGAGGGGAAGGUUUUAAUGAAACAAACGAGUUGCUUGGCUGUGGAUCCAUCGACAAUUCAUACUUUCUCGCCUCUUUUUAGUAAAUUUAAUAAAAGCGGAUAUGAGGUCCCGGGUAAAAAACAAAACACGUUCGUCGCAAUUGUUGGAAAUCCUUGCAAAUAUAAAAAAUAUAUUUUAAAUCCCAAUGACACCAUCCUCGAUUCCAAUCAUUUAUUACUAAAUGGAUCAGUGUUCGCACCUUAUGAAGAGCAGGUGAUGUUGAAUCCUGGGGUUGAUUAUUGCAUGGAAAUCGUUCCGGAAUUAGGACUCAAAACUUUUGUGUGCUUUUCUGAAGAUCGAGUAAUAGUAGCUGCGGACUCGCGAUUUACAAUUUACGCCUGCGGACUUUUAAUAUCGGUGCCAUUCUUAAUCCUCACCAUUCUGGCUUAUUCCAUCACUCCAAAAUUAAGGGACGUUUUUGGAAAAGCAUUGUGUCGUUACUGUGGUUGUUUAGCAUUGGCUUUUAUCACUUUAGCAAUCACGCAAUUGGGAAGCUUGCAUCUAUCGAGCGAAACUUGUACCAGUAUAGCAUUCGUCAUCCAGUUCUCCUUCGUCGCAUGCUUCUUCUGGCUAAAUGUGAUGUGCAUCGAAAUGUGGUCCCUGGUGCGUAGCCACGUUGAUCGUGAUACCUACAGAAGAAUGAAACCAAAAACGUUAUUCUUCUGGUACUCUUUAUGGUGUUGGGGUCCCUCGGUGAUACUUAUCCUCGUCUCGAUGAUUAUGGAUCUGAGCCCGACGAUACCAGCGACUUAUGUGAAGCCAAACUUCAGCAAGGAGAGCUGCCAGUUCAAAUCGAGUGGCAAAUCAAUGCCAUACUUCUACGUGCCGGUCGGACUGCUGCUUCUAGAAGACGUGAUUCUCUUCGCCCUGACAUUUAUCAAACUGACGAAAUAUCAGAAGGAUCUUGACUUGAGACGUUUGGCGAGGAAUCAAGAAUCUGAUCGGAUCGAUCGAAGAUUCCUUCGACGUUUGAUGAGAACAACGUUAGUUUGCUUGAUAGUCUUUUUCCUGAUGGGUCUGAAUUGGACAAUGGAGUUGAUAUCCUGGUUCGUCCACGGGAAUUCCUUUGACUGGUCCACCUUCGACCUCGUCAAUGCUCUGCAGGGUGUCCUUGUGUUCGGUUUGUUCGUUCUACGAAGGCCACCGAGAGAUUUCGUUUGGUACCGAAUACAACAGCUUCGUGGCAAGGACGUAGCUGAACCCGAAAACAGAAGCAUGGAAUUGUAUUUGCUUCCUAUAAUGAACGGUGAUUCUGCGUCUAGACAAACGAUCAUUCCGUGAAACUAGUUUUCCUUCUCUUCUUAAUCAACUGCCUCAAGAUAUUUUAAAAGUUCUGUUGAAGAGACAUCAUUGUGAGUGACUUCGUUUCGUGAAGUAUAGAUUCGAAGAUUCUGAUCAAUCUGUUAGAUAUUAGAAAUUUAUUCAUUUAUUUAUUGCGUGAGUGAAUGGACAGAUGAGAAUCGUUCUUGAAAUAUUUACAAUUCAUUGUACAAAGUAUGUACUACAUGGACAUCGUUGUUGUCCUUUCGUUUAUGAAACAAUGAUAUACAAGAUUGGUUACUACACUUGACAAUUUUGAUUAUCUUUGUUAUUUGCAGAGCUACAUCAGUAGCAAACUUUAGAUUUACAAAAUCAAAUAAGACUUGAAAAAUUCAUUUUACCAUAAGUCCAGAGUAUAUUUUAUAAAUCAACAACGAAUACCUGAGCUAUUGUAUUUUAAAACAGCUUAAGAAUACUUCACACGGGUAUUAAAUUUUUUUUUUUGGCAUAGCAUGUUUCUCAAGAACUUCUCGGUUAUAUAAAAACAUUCACAACCCGUUUUACAAUAAAAUAUGCAAGUUGUGGUGUUUGUAGAUUGCAUAACAGUGAGAAGUCGGAUAGUAUCGUGAUUUUACGUUGAAUGCACACGUUCUGCGAAUCUUGUACAGUAACAUUAAUUACUUUUAGAUACAUAAUUUUCCCGAGUGCAUGACACAUCAUUAAUUAAGAAUUUAGUCUUGCUAGCACGUAUAUAGCUUCACUUGCCAUUCAUGAUUUAGAUUAAAAACCCACGUCUGGUGAAAUAAAGUGGUAUCAGAUUGUUAUUAGGAAUACAAUAAGACGAUAAUUCAUCGAAAUUAUAAACGUUUGUAAUUUAAUGGAGCGGAUAUAUUAUUUAUUGUAAUUUGUUAUUUAUUGUACUGUUAUUUAAGUUAUUUACUUAAGAUUAAGGUAAUUCAUUAAAUGUCUUCUUUAAAAAUAUUGUUCUUUAUUUUGUAUCCCUUUUUUCAUACCACAGCGUAUAUUUGUUCGUUUUCAUUGCGUUUCUAUCGCGCUAUAAAAAUAAAACAGCGUAGGUUUGUACAACCAAACCAUCAUAACAAUUCGCCAACCCAAUCAAAAGGUUUUCUAAAACUAACGAUUAUUAUCUAUUCGGUGCUUACACGUAUGUCAGGUGCGUAACAACACGUUAGCACAUUCUUAAUAAGCUCUGUAGAGUAAGACAAUUAAGCACUAGUGCCUGUGGGGUGGUAACCCAACAGCAAAAACCAGGUACCAAAAGUAACUUUUUAACAUCAAUCAAGAAAUUGGUUAAGAUAUGAAUUCUUUCCUGUCUUCCGGGAACGUCCUUUUACGUCUACUUAUGUCUUUUCUACAUUCCUGUAUGCUUCAGCAGAUACUGCCAUCGUUAAAUUCAUAAAUAAAUUUUGUUAAUUUCAUGAAAGUUUAUAUUGAAAAAAGUUCAAUUCCUAAAAUGAAAUAUAGGCUCAUUGUCAGUUAAAAAAAUGAUUUUAUA